AACAGGGAUGCUAUUGGGAACGACGCGGCGAUGGCGCCGAUGGCCGGCGGCGCUUCGUUUGCAUUCCACGUCCAUCCCACCUCCAUUACCUCGUGAGAGCAUGACACCAAUGCUUCGCCAGUAUUUGGAGCGUAAGCAAGAAUACCCAGGCUGCAUGCUGUUGUUUCAAGUGGGCGACUUCUACGAACUCUUCGCAGACGAUGCGCGGCGAGCUUCCCACCUACUCAACCUCACCCUUACCCGCAAGACAAAGCCCAAGGUGGGCAAAUCCCCCGAUGCCUUGGACGUUAUGUGCGGCUUUCCGCUCUCGUCCUUGCACACGUACGUUGAGAAGCUCGUACGACACCACGGCGAAAAGGUCGCCAUAUGCAACCAAGUUGAGGUACGUUCUUGUUGUCGGUAGUUGUUUCGAGGAAUGUCAUCGUGACAUUCCAACAACUCCAAAAGAGAUAUCCUGGGCCGCCACCAUCGUUUGCUUUCCCGACGACGACGUGUGCACUGCUUUAUUCAAGCUCUCGCCCAACAACGAGACAGACUCACUACCUUUGCUUGAUGAAGUAGUCGGCCUUCGCCGCCAAGCAGCGCGGCGGCGUCGGGAUGAACAGCCUCGUUCAGCGACAAGUCGUUCGCGUCGUUACGCCAGGGUCGUUGACGGAGGACUCGAUGUUGAUGCCGACGCAAAACAACUACCUCGCGGCCUUGUCACGGCCACACGAGUCGACGACAUGUCAGAUUGCGUACACAGAUAUUUCCACGGGCGAGUUUCACGUCCUGCAUGUGCAUGUGGACGACGUGGACAGUGAGCUAUGCCGGCUCCAACCGUCCGAGCUCUUGGUGCCGUCCCUUCCGAACGGCAGCGACACGGCAUGGUGGCUGCAGCGCAUUCAGAACGCCAAAGCUGCAUACUCGUGCGCCGUUACGAUACGUCCACCCCCAAACAAUGCGGCAGACAACGCUUGGGCGUCCGCCAUGAUCCGCGACUUCUUAGCGUACACACACGUCGCGUCCGGGGUGGUGGUGGCGCCGUCCACGGAUGCUUCAGACUCUUCUUCAGUGGUGUCCAAGCCCGCAAUGUCGAGUGCACGGAUGGCCGCCACGUCUGUCGUCGAAAGCAACGCCAAGCAGGAGGUGGAUCGCAUGCGGUUUGACGUGAGCGUAUGGCGGUCGCUAGAGCUGACCAAGUCUAUUCAUGGCCAGCGAAAACACACCCUCCUGGACGCCAUCGACGCCACCAAGACUGCAGGCGGCGCCAGAUUGCUCAGUCAACAUUUGGCGGCGCCGCUACUGGACGUUGCCAGCAUCAACGAACGCCUGGAUGCAGUUGAAGCCCUCGUGAAUGCGUCGCAUGUUCUUCAGAAGCUUCGAGGCCUCCUGCAGGACUGCGGAGAUGUCGAGCGAUGUUUGCAGCGCUUGUCCAUCGGCGGGACGACCGGAACGCCCAAGGAUCUCAAACGCAUCAGCGACACCGCUGUGGAAUGCCAGAACAUCCUGCCGCUCUUGAACUCGAUGACGUCACCUCUCUUGAAAACGUGUCGGCACGCGCUGCAGCAACCUCAAGUUGUGACCCUGGCCAACGAGCUCAAGGAAGCCUUGAUGGAUGAUGUGGUCCAGCUCCAUCACAAAGAUGGCUUUAUUCGGCCAGGGUACUCGGAGGAAUUGGAUGGUUGGCGAGCGCUGUGCAAUGAAGAACACGCCAUCUCAGCGCUGCAAGCGACGUAUCAGCGCAACACCGCCAACGCCAAGCUCCGCAUUGUCCGCAAGAAACUGCAGCUCGGGUGGUGUGUCGAAGUGCCGCAAGCCACCCCAGUUCACGAUGCGUCGUUUCAAUUGAUUCAAACCACGACCAAGGCCCUUCGCUACCGCACUCUCGCGCUGGACCAACUCAACCUCGACCUCCACCAUGCCAACGACCAGCGCAUGGCUGUGGAACAAGCCUUGCUAGACAAGUUCACCGCGAGCGCCGUGGCACUUGCAGCACCCCUGCAUGAGAUGGCGAGUGCGCUUAGCGUUCUCGACGUCAUGUCAUCUCACGCGCAAAUGGCUCUCGAUCAUGCGUUGGUGCGACCGACGCUGACGACGGAUGCCACGUUGGCGAUUGUGGAAGGUCGCCACUUGAUCGUUGAAUCCGUUCAUGAGCGCACGUGCCGGUCGUUUGUGCCGAAUAGCGUGCAUCUGUCGCCUCCAGCACAGAGUGCAUGGGUCAUCACGGGGCCCAACAUGGGUGGAAAAAGCACCUUCUUGCGGCAAACCGCGCACCUUGUUGUGUUGGCCCAGAUGGGCAGCUUUGUUCCAGCCACGUCGGCGACCAUUGGGGUUGUCGAUCGCUUGUUUAGUCGGGUCGGAGCGUCUGACGAUUUGGCGUCCGAUCGAAGUACAUUCAUGGUCGAAAUGCAGGAAACGGCGACGAUAUUGCACCAGGCCACGUCGCGGUCGCUCGUGUUGAUGGACGAAGUCGGCCGUGGCACGUCGGUGCAAGAUGGGCUUGCGAUCGCCCAAGCGGUCGUGGAAGAGCUGCUGGACCGCCGCGCGCGGUUGCUGUUUGCCACGCAUUUUACUGAGCUAGACAAAGCGAUUGCGCGAGACGCCCCGGUGGCGUACCACCACAUGCAAGUCGUCGCCAGUGGAGGAUCGCUGGUGUUUUCACAUCGAGUGGUUCCGGGGGUGGCGUCGGCGUCCUACGGCAUUGAGGUCGCCGCGCUGGCGGGGUGUCCUCGUCACGUCGUCGAGCGCGCCAAGGCGCUCGUGGAAGCGCGUGCGAGUCAGCCUCCAGGCAACGACCUGGCGUGAGCGACGCGGGCGGGCGACGGAGGGCGGAAAGAUGCCUGUGAACCAAUGCAAUCUCAUGCGUGCUUCUUACUUUCAUCGAGGGACCCCAGUCUCGGCCAGCCUCGAGAGUGGUGAAGACAUGAGUGCGUUGAAUGGCUCUUUCAAUUCAAUGUCGCGUUCGGUAGCCCAGGGACGUUGUACCGACCUAGCGGAGGGACUAGCUCUGCUUCCACGUCGGUCCUGCCAGAAUUUGAUUCAUUUGACACACUUCCGCACGGUUUCCAGUGUUUCAACUUGCAACAGCCAUCCAUGACUUGUAAGUGCGGUCCCAAGACCUUGUCGCCGCCAUGCCACGAAAGCUUGUACCAGUAUCAUGGCCUGCCUAAGCCCAAUGCACUCCCUCGACUUGGACUGAGUACAGAAGACGCCGCACGACGUGGCCACGUUGCUUCAUUCGCUGACAGUGACCGCUCUU